AAGCACAGGGCACACCUUAGACGCAGAGGAGAAACCGUAUUAUUCAGCUACUGCUUCUAGGAAAAGAUCCAGCAUUUUCUAACUUACUAAAUUAAUAAAAUCAAGCACCUGAUAAUGCCGUUCUUAAUCACAAUUAGGUUAAAUUUGGGGUUGGGGGGAAUGCGUGUCAUUGCAGUUGAUACCUGUCAAGGAUCUCUUAAAUUGUACCCUGAAAAGCCGGAAUGGAGAUAUCAAUGCCCCCACCUCAGAUCUAUGUAGAAAAAACUCUGGCCAUUAUCAAACCAGAUAUUGUUGACAAAGAGGAGGAGAUAAAAGAUAUUAUUCUCAGAUCGGGAUUCACCAUUGUUCAGAGAAGAAAACUACGUCUCAGUCCUGAGCACUGUAGUAACUUUUAUGUGGAACAGUAUGGAAAAAUGUUUUUCCCCAAUUUAACAGCUUACAUGAGUUCCGGACCCCUUGUUGCCAUGAUAUUAGCUAGACAUAAAGCCAUUUCACACUGGAAAGAACUUUUGGGACCAAGUAACAGCAUAGUAGCUAAGGAGACCCACCCAGACAGUUUAAGGGCAAUUUAUGGCACAGAUGACCUGAGGAAUGCACUUCAUGGAAGUAAUGAUUUUGCUGCAGCAGAAAGAGAAAUUCGAUUCAUGUUUCCUGAAGUGAUUGUUGAGCCCAUUCCAGUUGGACAAGCUGCUAAGGACUAUUUAAAUCUAUAUGUAACACCAACUCUGCUUGAAGGACUCACAGCACUUUGUAAGCAAAAACCAGCAGAUCCUUUGAUUUGGCUAGCUGAUUGGUUACUGAAAAAUAAUCCCAACAAACCUAAACUUUGUCACCAUCCAAUUGCAGAAGAACCAUAUUAAAAUAAAGUCCCUCAGAGGACAAAUUAUGAACUAUCUUAUUGUAAAAGUCAUACUUCUACUAAAAAAACCAAACAUGAUUGCUGAAGGUUUAAGUAACUCCAUGUGAAAUAAAUUAUUUCUUAAAAAUAAAA